AUGCAGUCGACUACCAUCACGGAUGAGAGUCUUGAUCCUACGGAUGAGCCUAAAGAGUCAAGUGAUGCAGGUAGUGGAUCGACCAAGGGAGUGCCAAAGACAGGUAAAGAUCAUGUGCCUGAGUAUGACGGUAAGACUGCAAUGCGGGAGUAUGCCCGGAGGGUCAAACUGUUUGAGAGCUCCACAGGGAUUGAUCCAUCGUACAGGGCUCAGAAGCUCAUGGAGAAGUUGAGUGGCCAAGCGUGGAUGGCUACCGAAAGCCUCGACCUCGAGGACCUCAAGCACCCGAGCGGGGUGCAGAGAUUGCUCGACCAUUUGUGGCAGGAGCUCGAACCUUUGGAGCACUUGCGCACGUUCACCACCUUUGCCGAGUUCUACAAGGAUUUCAGGAGAAGCCCGGGGGAAGAGUUUGUAGAAUUCGACAUGAAGUUUCGUGCGCAUCUUAAGAGACUUGAAGAAGUGGGCGCCAAGCUGGAGGGUCUCAACGUUGCAUAUUGGUUUCUUGAGAAAUCUGGAUUAUCAAGCGAGUUGAGGAAGCAGGUGGUAGCAGCUGCCAGCGGUGAGUGCGACUAUCCUAAGUUGAGGAAGGCCUUGAUGGCGAUCGUCCCGAAAGUCAAGAAAGACGAGGAACAUGGACCUUCAACCGCCAGGCCAUACAAUCGACAAUGGAAACUUCGAAGCAAUCAGCCGCGACAGGUGAAUGCCGCCACCGAAGAGGCCGAGGACGGACCCGAUCCAGAUGACGGAGAAGCUGAUGAGGUGGGACCGGAGGAACUUGAAGGUGAACUAGAGGUUCUACUUACUCAAACAGCUCGCAAACGCGCGGAAAUAGAACGUGCUCGUGGGUUUUCCAAGCCAGAGACAGGGGCAGCGAGAGAAGCCAGGAUCAAAGAGAUGAAAAGCCGUAUGCCCUGCAGCGCUUGCAAGGCUAAUGGCCGUACAGUAUACGGCCAUUGGCAUGGCGAUGCUGAAUGCCCCUUCCGGAAGGGCGGUGGUGCUGACAAGGACCGUCACAGAGAGAAGAGUGUGUUGGCGGUGGUCGAAGAGGAGUUGAGCGAUUCUGAGGAUGACAUUCUGGAUCCUCCAGCUUCUUCGAUCUUCCACUCCACGACCAUCUACGAUGGCACGGAGCAAUGUGAUGUUCAUGCCAACCAGGCCCCACCUUAUCAUGUCUAUAGCAAUGGGGGAGAACCUGAUCGUAACCGCCUUGCAUUGAGUGACACUUGUUGUGCCAGGACUGUCGCCGGAAAGAAAUGGGCCCAGAGACAUCUCCGGUACCUUCGGGCACGGGGAGAAGAUGUUUUCGUGAUCGACGAGGCUCGCCCUUUCAGGUUCGGUGGAGGUCCAAGAGUCAUGUCCGAGUAUGCGGUGAUCAUGCCUUUGAUAGUCUAUGGGGCAUCGAAGCUUGCGUGGGUACGUGUGAGCAUUGUCGACCAGGAUGUGCCUCUUCUUUUGAGCAAGACUGCUUUGAAGAUGCUGGGCAUGGUCAUGGACUUGGAAAAGAGUGUGAUUAUCCUUCGGGAGUUAGAGACUCAAGUGCAACUCAGGGAGACCAAAGCGGGUCUAUGUGGCUUCGAGAUCAACCUUGAGCGGUCGGGGCGCAGGUUGGAAGCGCCACCACAAGUGCUGAUCGAGAAUGACCAAGAAGUAGUUUUGGAAGACGAUGUUCCCGGGGAUCAGGUCAUGAUGGUCCAGAAGAUCCACCCACCGGUGACGGACGGCGAACAGGCACGGACUACUAGGGAAGUCGUUGAUCGAUGUGAAGAUCGGGCGCGGAAGCUUUAUCGAGAAUGUGAUUUCCGAUAUCAGUCACUUCUUGAGCUCGUCAGGAUGCUCCCCAUCCAUCGGCGAGCGCGACAUCGGGAAAUCAAUGGGAAGCCAGGACCGCUGAAUGAAGCAUGGGUUGCUGGUCUGUUCGCGCAUGGCAACUACUCUGGGGUCACUAAGAGGACGUGUCGCUAUCCACAUGUGGUCCGGUAUGUCAAUAGCUUCAUGCGAGACAAGGUUGAUGGAACAUGGUCUUCGUUCAGUCUCGCCAAGAACAUUAGCACCGAUGUACAUGUGGAUUGUCACAAUCACAAGGAGGCCUCAUCGGUGACUGUGACCUUCGGCGACUUCACGGGAGGACAGCUGUGGGUGGCUCAAUCAGAGAGUGAAGGUCAAGAUUGCACGUGGAAGCAAGGUAGACAUGGAAGGACAAUCCCCGGCACUUUGAUCUCCACUCGUGAGUCUCCGCACAUGUUCAAUCCUCAAGUUCCACAUGCAACUCAUGAUUGGACUGGUGAGAGAUGGUGUCUCUCCAUGUACACCGUGAGAAAAGCUGAUCAGGUUGAUGAAGACACAAAGAAAGCAUUGAAGAAGCUUCGUUUUCCCUUGAGCUCAAGGGGAACUUCCAGGACUUUGGGUGAUGCAGUGCAUGCAGUUCACGACAUGUCGUCCCACCGAGAGCCGCAUCAACAAAUAGACGAUGUGUCACAUGGCAUGGAAUGCGCAGAUACUCCGCAGCUGCUUGAAGAUUGCGGCGAGAUCGAAGAGUUUGUGGCGGCGAUUGCGUCGCGCUCCAAGGUGACGAAGGAGGCCCUGCGAGAGCACAACCUCGAUCGGUUGAAGGAGUUGUGGGGGGCUCUUCGCCCUCCGAAGAAGAAUGCCACGGGACUUCCAGCCAACUGGAAGAAAUUGGAUCGCUCAGCCCUGAAGCACAUCUACGCGACUCAGGUGGUGCCGGACUUGGGGCGAGACAGCGAUCUUCACUGGGACCGUUGGUCCAAGCCGACCUUGAUCUUGGAGAUAGAAGUUUGGGCCUUGGAUGCGGCCGAGGAACUUCAGAGGGAUCGCGACUUGGAGAUGACGUGCACAGAGCCUCUGUGUGCCCAGUGUGGCAUACCUAUGAUGGUCAGGACCAACAGGCUGACUCGCGAGGACUUUUACGGGUGUCGUCGAUACCCGGCAUGCAAACAGACUCUUCCUCUUCGUUACGACGGACGCCCGACGGGCGAAGUCCAGAAAGAGUUGGAGACCACCGAGAAGAUCAACAAGGCCAAGGAGCACCACAAGAAGAUUGUGGCCAAGCAGGCAGCCAAGGGCAAGCGCAUGGGAGAAAUGGGCAGGGCAACAGCCUCAUCCGAUGGUUCGUGGGCGGUUGCAGGGGCCAUCCCGAUCGAGGAAGUGACGUCCUCGGACGAGGAAAAGGACAAGAAAUACAACACGAACCUCACGAAGGAGGAGAUGGCGAUGAUCGUGGCCAUGAGGGACAAGAAUCGCGGCUACCCCAAGAACCCAGUGCCUCCCAUCGUCAAGAAGGACAACAAUCCCGAGGAUUGUGAGGUCGAAGAGAGGAUUCUUCACGGUAGGGCCCGUAGGAAGAUGCUGAAGAAGGGUGUCGUGAAGAGGUUGUUGGGAAAUGCUCGGGCGAUUGUUGCUGGAGUGUUUGUCACGACGGCAGCGCUAGUCGGGGCUGCGGCUAGUGCGGUACCAAAUUGUUCCAGAAUGAGGCCCGACGUGCUCGAGAUAUGCGGCCAUGAAGCUAGUUUCACUAGCUCUUUCUCCCGCUGGGGUUGGCGACAUGUGGAACCGGUUCAAUUGCCUAGUGACCUCUGUGACGGUAGAAAUCGAGACACCAUAGGUCGCUGGAUUGAUGAGUCGGCGCCUCGCCUGGUCAUCGUGUCUGAUUGCUGUCCUCGGGUCGCGUCGGUAGGUAGAAUCGGCGUGAAGGAAUCACAGGCUCUGAGGCGACAGCGCAAGAGGGAGGACCGAGUGAAACCAGUAUGUGAGUUCCUGAAACAUGUUGUCGAUAUGCAGAUUAAGCGGGGCGAUCAGGCACUUGUUGAACUUGCUCUUCAUGCCACGCCUGAAGAUGUUCACGAGAUGGCAGCCGAGAUGUUCGUUCAGGAGUUGUACCGGGCAUUCGACCGGGGCUGGGCACGUUGGGCUGGACCGCCGAUUAGAGCUACGGUUGACAUGGAAGGUGGGUUUCAAGGAUAUGAUAUUCAAUGUCGCUUGACUAGGGAAGUGAGCUGGGCCAAGAACUCCUUGACACGCGAGCACGGACGGGAACCCCUCGGGCCCUCGGGAUACCAUCCUUCAGUGGGAGAGGCUGGUAGUGAUGUGGCAGUUCGCAUGCGAUACAGGUAUCAUGCUAAGAUGGAGUUCAUUCGAAGUCAGGCUCGGCAGAUGCUUCUUAGAACCGCCCACAAUCGGACUCGGAAGAUUCCCAUUCCCAAGAUAGGACAGUUGGUGUUCUUUUGGAGAGAAGCGCGUGGGAAGAGAGGAGAUAAUCACAGUUCAUGGCACGGUCCUGGAUAUGUGGUGGGGAUUCAGGAUAGAAAUGCCUGGGUCACCAUUGGAGGCCGGAGUUUUCUCGUCGCGGGCGAACACCUCCGCGAAGCUGUUGGGGAUGAAAAGCACUUUGGAAAUCCUGAGAUUCAGAAGGCUAUAGCUCUGUUUCGGAAAAUACCUUCAGAGGCUACUUAUGAGGAUUUGGAUUUGACUGAAGGUCUUGAUAUGGAGGUGGAUGCCAUGGAGACGGAAGGUUUGAGCGCUGAACAUGCCGACAUGGUUCCGCAAGUUGGACAGUGGAAGUGUCUUGAAAAGGAGGUCAAGUGGGCAGAGUUGGAGGACCAUCAUCAGUUCAUUCCUGGAGGUAUCAUGAUUGUCCAUGUCGAUGAUGUUAUGUUUUGUCAUGACGGCUCGGCCUGGGGACAUGAAGUUGCCACCAAAGUUCAUGAUAGGUUUCCCUUCGGUACUUGGAUGAAGGUUGCUGAACAAGAGAGCGGUAUCACCUAUUGUGGGAAAGAGAUUAAGAUCAGGAACAGGGAUGGAGAGAUCAGCGUCGUCCUCAGCCAGAAUGCCUUCAUUGACGGACGACUCCAACCCAUGACAUUGAGUAAUGAGAGAGUGCGACAGCCCGAUGCACACGCCACGGAUGUGGAGAAGACGGAUUAUAGGUCUGUGGUUGGUAGCCUUCAAUGGUUGGCGGUUCAAUCGAGAACCGAUUGGAGAUUGAGUUCCGGGCCUCUUGGAGAAGAUGCCGAGUUGGUGACUUAUCACGACGCGGGAUUAUACAGCAGUGUCGGAGUUGAGAUCGAUGAGAGGGAGUGUGAGGACAUCUUGCAAAGAGGAAAUGAGAAACGACUUGUGUACUCUCAGAAAGGUGCUUGCAUCGGCUUCGUUCGAAAGGGGGCUACCGAUCACGAACAACAUGCGCAUAUGAACUUGAUUGAUUGGAAGUCCUCUACCAAUCGGAGAGUCGUCGAAUCAUCUUUUGCAGCAGAGACGCAUGCGGCGAUCAUGGGACAUAACAUGUCUAGGUUCGCGCAGGUUCUUCUCAGCGAGAUACGCUACGGAUCCCAAGUUAUCUCUGCUAUCGAAGACGACGGGUGGCAGCAGCUAGCCCCACUCACGUUGGUCACCGACUGUAGGAGCAUUUAUGACACGAUUCAUAAAGAUGGCCAACACGUUGGGGAGAAAGGGAACAUUGUCCACGCUGUUCUUGUGAGACAGCUGCUGACGACCAGAGGUCGCGAAAUUCCCGGGAAAGCCAAGUUGCUCUGGGUUCCUACCAGAUGUCAGUUAGCGGAUGGCUUCACGAAGGCCGGUAGGGGUAGUGACAUACGAGAGCAGCUCACCCGGGGAUUGCUGUUUCACGAAAGCUCGCUGAAGCGCAGAAAUCCGCUAAAGCGAACAGGUCAGAGAGAUGGUUGUACCGGUGUCAAUGUUGCGAGUAAAGCCUGA